AUGGACGCAUUUAGUGAUUCAGGAGAGUUGUAUACCAUUAGGAACCAGUUUUAUACUAAUCAGCACAAUAAGGUCAAGGCGUACUCGCUUGAUGAGUUUUCACCCGAAAAUCAAUUGAAGGUGUUGGAGUUUCAAAUCAGAUCGACAAUUGCGUUGGAACAGGAUGCCUCCAAGAUGAUUGAGGAUGGGAAAACCAGGUUCCCUGAGAACGAGCCAUUAUUUCAGUUGUUGAGUGCAUGGAACGACCUAAAAGAUUUUGGCGUUGACGAUUCGACAUAUUUUGAGGAUGUGAAGAAAGCAAGUUUUGAGUUACAGGCGGUGUUGACAGCAUUGUAUUUGGUGAAGUUUGAUAAAGAUAUUGAUCAGGCAAUCACGUUUUUGAGUGAUUAUAUUGAUAAUGUGAAUUCGUUGGCCAAGUAUAACGAGUUGGAGCCGUUUUUGGUGUUGGUGCAGUUGUACUUGAUCAAGGGCAAUCUCACUGGUGCCACCAAAGUUUUACAGAAUUUAAACCAGUUUCCCGAAUCUGCUCGAGACAAUAUUGUUUACCAGGUGUUGGAGUCGUGGAUAUUAUCGGUUACUGGAGGAUCAGACAAUAUCAACAAUAGCUACUACUUUUACGAUGAGAUUUUAUCGAGCGAUUUUGAUCAAGACAUUCAGGGCAAGUUCAAGAUUUUGAAUGUGUUGUUUGCGUUGACGUUGCAGUUGAAACAUUUCCCUGAAGCCCAAGAAUUGUUGGAGCAAAUCAAGGGGUUGGGUGUUGUUGAUGCCAACUUUAUUGCCAACCAGAUUACUUUUGAUCAGUUACAGAACGAUGGUGCCAACACUGCAGAGUUGUUGAGCGAGUUGAAACGAUUGGACGCUUCACACGAGUUGUUGAAAGAGCAAGAUCUCAAAACAAGUAUAUUUGACGACAUUGUUACAAAAUAUUCUAUUUAG